GUCCCCCGACUCCCAACUUCCCCCGGGAAAAACCCCCAAAUCGAAACCAAACAAACCCUAACCUCCUCCGCCAUGGUCAGAUCCUCAAAGCGAAACCGCCUAAACCCGGCGGAGCUCCCCAAUCGAACCCGACGAAACUGGUCGGAGCUCCCCGAGGAAAUCACCUUUCAGGUCCUGUCUCGGCUCGGAGCCAUCGAUGUUCUGACCAGCGCUCAGAAGGUGUGUACGCAAUGGCGGCGAAUGUGUAAGCACCCGAUGGUCUGGCGCACCAUCGACAUGGCCAACGAUCACUUUUUCCACGAAGUUCACUACGAUUUGGACAAGAUGUGCCGCCACGCCGUUGAUCGGAGCUUCGGUCGAGUGGAGGAUAUCAAUGUUGAGUACUUCGGCACCGACGAAUUGCUCAAGUACAUCACUGAUAGUUCAAGUGGAAUCAAACGCCUCCGCUUGGCACAUUGCCCUAGAAUAACUGAUAAAGGACUGACUGAAGUGGCUCCGAAACUUCCAUUGUUGGAGGACCUUGACAUUACGUCCUGCAAAAAUAUCUCACAUGAACCUCUGAAAGUGAUUGGUAGCAGUUGCCCUCUUUUAAAAUCAUUCAAAUUGGACACGUGGUUUAAACUACCAGAAGAUGGGGUUUAUGAUGAUACAGUUUUCAAUAUCGAGGAAGGUGAAGACACGGAUGUGGAGGUAGAGGCAAAUGCCAAUGCGGUUGCGGUUGCGGUUGCGGAAGUGGUUAUGGAUAGGGAGAUGGAUGCAGAUGCGCUUGCUAUAGCAGGGUCGAUGCAUGGUUUACACCAUCUUCAGCUUUUUCGGAAUGAGCUGACUAAUGAUGGCUUAAGUGAAAUUCUUGAUCAUUGUCCUCGUCUCGAGUCACUUGAUCUGCGCUAUUGUUACAAUCUCAAUCUGAAAGGAGAUUUGGGUAUCAAAUGUGCUGAACGUAUUAAGAGAUUGCAGCUCCCUGAUAACUCCACUGAUAUUCCUAAAACUGAUCUUUUAAAAAAGGAUACAGUUUGGUUCACCUACCGUUCAGCUGAUGAUGUUGAAGGUCAUGUGGCUGACGUCAUUAUUUUCAAAACAAUUGAUUUCACUGAUGAUUAUGAGUGGUGAGUUGUCAUGUGGGAAGUGUUUCUAUGAUGGAUGAUUUUACUUUGUUAAACUGGAGAUCUUCUAGUUGCUGCAAUACUUGGGAUCUGGUGGUAUUCAAUCUGGAGGCGAUAAAGAAAACAAACAGAUUUCUCCAUCAAAAGUGAUCGCUGGCAUUUCUCUAAAAGAGGCAUUUUUAUGGGUCGGUAGUAAAUUGAUCUUUGCUUAUUUGAACAGAUCUGAAACAUUUUGUAUGCUUUAUGCUUUCAUUAACUAAAUGAGACAAGUAUGAAGUUUCUAUUCCAUCAUGUACAGCAUUCACAGUUUUAUUUAACUCGACCAAUCUAGUCA